GCCACACGUGCCGCGGACAUCCCGUGGAACUCCGAGAUCCAACCGUUUUCCCAAGGGUUCUGGACAUUUCGUCUUUUUUUCCUCACGAUGCCCAACAAUGCUGCUUUUCUAGAUUCCGCGUUGUAGAUCUUGCUCGCUGCUGUCAAAUUCUAAAUCUUGCCCCCCUACCACCAACACCAUGACAGACUCGCCCCCAUCCUCCUCGUCCUCCUCCCAUCCUCUCUAUUCACUCCCUCAUCUCAAUCGUUCGGCGUCUUCGUACAACUCGGCAGAGAAUGGCAUACCUGAUGGACCCGAAGUAGACGGCUCAACCUAUGCAGCAUUGGUCAAGAACAGCCCUUCCGUCGCUGAGCCUCCCUUGGACUUGCACGAUCGCGAUCCUGGCACCGCUCGUUUCGCCGACCAAGGUGCGAUAGACCUUGGAGAUGAUGACCUUGGUCGAUACGUACCCUCAACGCCGAUUAUGCCCCGUGAGACACCUCAGCGUGUCAGAGGCUCGUACAGAACCGACAGUGAUGAUGGCGGAAUGGGCUCCAUCCUCAAAUCUGGUAAUUUUCUACCCCCCAGUGCUACACUCGGAGGAACUCCAGCCACCCCUGCACAGUCUGGUCUCGCAUCGUUGACCCCGCAGAAGAUCGGAAAGAGUAUCGGUAAUCGGAUCGUUCGAGCUGUUCGUCGAGGCAACCUCCCGUUCCUCGUGGUGUUCCUGAGCUGCCUCGUCAUCUUCUUCUCUGCACUUGCCGGCAUCGGCUAUGUUCCUGAAGAGGGCGAGCUCGCCCACCACGCGAAAUCCCCGAGAGCCGUCGUCAGUGCUGUCGCUCAGGACCUCCAGGUGUUCAACGGCAAAAAGUUCCAGGAGCAACGAGAGCUCGAGCAAGAAUGGGCGAAAAAGAAGCGACCAAAGGAUGGCGCUUGGAUGGCUCAGGUACGGGAUGACAAGGCUGUAAGGAGAAGACCGAACGCGGUAGCAGAGGUGGCCGAGACGCCCUCAGAGUCUGAGCUGGAGGCAAAACCUGAAGAGGCUGUCUAGGCAUACAGAAUAUAUAUACAUCACAUGCAGAUACGAUACGUCAC